CAGGCUGCGAGGCAGAACGCGGAGCGCCGUCGCCCAGCUCGCUUUGUGUUUGCGUGUGCUGCCCUUGCACCAGCUCCUUCACCAUGGCGGAUAACCGAGACAGAGCCAGCGACCAGAUGAAGCACUGGAAGGAGGAGCGGAGCGCGCAGAAACCUGAUUCCCUUACCACGGGAGCUGGUAUCCCCGUAGGAGACAAGCUUAAUGUUCUGACUGUUGGACCUCGGGGGCCCCUUCUUGUUCAAGAUGUGGUUUUCACUGAUGAAAUGGCUCACUUUGACCGGGAGAGAAUUCCAGAGAGAGUUGUUCAUGCUAAAGGAGCAGGAGCCUUCGGAUAUUUUGAAGUCACUCAUGAUAUUACCAGAUAUUCCAAGGCAAAGGUCUUUGAGCAUAUUGGGAAAAGGACUCCGAUUGCUGUUAGAUUCUCUACAGUGGCUGGAGAAUCCGGAUCGGCAGACACUGUUCGUGACCCUCGAGGUUUUGCUGUGAAAUUCUACACCGAAGAGGGGAACUGGGAUCUCACAGGAAAUAACACUCCCAUCUUCUUUAUCAGGGACCCACUUCUGUUUCCAUCCUUUAUUCAUAGCCAGAAGAGGAACCCUCAAACCCACCUUAAAGAUCCUGACAUGGUUUGGGACUUCUGGAGUCUUCGCCCUGAAUCUUUGCAUCAGGUGGCUUUCUUGUUUAGCGAUCGAGGCAUUCCGGAUGGCCAUCGUCACAUGAACGGAUAUGGUUCUCACACCUUUAAACUGGUUAAUGCUCAAGGGGAAGCAGUUUACUGCAAAUUCCAUUACAAGACUGACCAAGGGAUCAAAAAUCUGUCUGUCCAAGAGGCUGGAAGACUCGCUCAGGAAGAUCCUGAUUAUGGCCUGCGGGAUCUCUUCAAUGCCAUUUCUUCCGGCAACUACCCAAGCUGGACAUUUUACAUCCAGGUCAUGACCUUCCAGCAAGCAGAAGCAUUUCCAUUUAAUCCCUUUGACCUCACUAAGGUCUGGCCUCACAAAGACUAUCCUCUCAUCCCAGUUGGUAAACUGGUCUUGAAUAGGAACCCUGCGAAUUAUUUCGCAGAGGUGGAACAAAUAGCUUUUGACCCAAGUAACAUGCCGCCAGGCAUUGAAGCAAGCCCUGAUAAAAUGCUGCAGGGCCGUCUUUUCGCGUAUCCUGACACUCACCGCCACCGUCUAGGACCCAACUAUCUUCACCUCCCUGUGAACUGUCCUUACCGAGCUCGAGUGGCCAACUACCAAAGAGAUGGACCCAUGUGCAUGUUUGACAACCAAGGUGGGGCUCCCAAUUACUACCCUAACAGCUUUGGGGCUCCUGUGGAUUAUCCCCAGGCUCUGGAGCACCACUAUCGCACCUCAGGGGAUGUGGAACGCUACAACAGCACCGAUGAGGAUAAUGUCACUCAGGUGAGAGCGUUCUACAACCAGGUACUGAACGAGGCGGAGCGCCAGCGCCUGUGUGAGAACAUCGCCGGGCACCUGAAGGAUGCCCAGCUGUUCAUCCAAAAGAAAGCUGUAAAAAACUUCAGUGAUGUUGAUAGCAGCUUUGGGUCCCGGGUCCAGGCACUCCUGGAUAAGUACAAUGCUGAGGGACAGAAGAAUGUGAUUCGAACCUAUACCCAGUCGGCAAAUCACUUGUCUGCUAAGGAAAAAUCGAAUCUCUGAACUCAUCGGGAGGAUCUCUCCUUGGCUGAAGAAUCAUAUCACAGAUGAAGCUACAAGAGGUUAAUACUUGGGAUCAGUUGCCGCACAAUACAAUGCAUCUGUAUGCUAAAUGCGCCCGUAUAAAGGCCUGAUUUUAUAAAAAAAUAGGCACAUUUUGCAACAAAUAAUGCUUAUUACCCAUUAAUACUUCGGACCCAGGUUUAGUACUUGGGGAAAAUAAUUUUUCAUGUUUGUGUUGGAAGUGAGGGUUCAUACAGUGCCUUUUAAAAAGUGUUUGGUAUUGACAGUUGAUUUCAUGUGAUGUGAUUGGAGGAAAAUUAUGUAGUAGAAUUAUCAAUUUAUCUGAUAAAAAUUAUCUCAUGAAAUUGAUGUCCUCAUGUCAUCUCAUUGCCUCUUAGAUAAGAAGAAGAAUCAUUUUUUGGAUGGAUCAUUUAAAAAAAAAUCAGUUUCCUUAUAGGGAAAACGUUUUCUGGAGCACUCUUUUCAGGAAAUUAUUCUGCCACCAUCAUGUGUGUUUGGUUCAUUGUUUCUGCUUGGAAAUUGUUAUCUUCCGUCCAUUUUUACCUUGGAAUUAUGUUUAUAUUAAUACAGUAUUGAUUUUUAAAAACAGAUUGAUUUGUAACCAUAUUUGCAUUUUACAGUAAAAUGAUCUCUAAUUAAGAAAGCAAA